AUGGUUCAAAAACCAUUCCCAACCAACCGUGACAAACGCCAAUAUGGUGUGUUCGAGUUGCUGCACUUCGACAUCUGCGGGCCAAUGGAACAAGUUUCGAUCGGCGGCAGCAGAUGCUUACUGCUUGUGGUUGACGAAGCCAGCGGUUGCAUGAAGGGCUUCUGUCUGCGGUCCAAGUCUGAGAGUGAAGACUGUAUCAAGAACCACAUUAUCAAGAUUCAAACUCAGUUCGGCACGAAGAUCAAGUUUGUUCGGCACGAUGGAGCGCAUGAGUUUGCGACCAACUCCAUCAAGACCUUCUACGAAGAUCAUGGUAUUGAACAACAGAUCACGGUGCCGUAUGCACACCAGACCAACGGCACCGCAGAACGCGCGAUAAGGACCAUCGUCACGAUCGGACGCAGCUUGUUGCAUCAUGCAAAGCUGGAGAAGUGUUUCUGGGCUGAAGCGGCAAUGACGGCGAUCUACAUCAAGAACCGCCUGCCUUCACCCAAGAUCGACCACAAGACUCCGUUCGAGAUCGUGUACAAGUCGAAACCAAGUGUCAAGCACAUGCGCGUGUUUGGAUGUCGGGCGUUUAUCCUGACACCAAGGGAGAAGCGAUUGAAGUGGGACCCGAAGGCUUGUGAAGGGAUGUUCAUGGGCUACGAAGAAGCGUCAAAAGCUUAUCGAGUGUACGACAUUGAGGCGGGCCAAGUGGUGAUCAGUCGUGACAUCACCUUCGACGAAUCGACUUUUGACUUUUCGAUGGACCGACCAAGUGACGAUGAUGAAGAUGCGGAGUUGGACCUCGACCUCCUGGCGAUCAACGAGGACGACGUGCGUCAAACCGUCUACAAGCAGACUGGCAAGCGCAAGAGUGAAGCAAGACCCGGCAUGUCACGGUCAGCUCGCCCUCGAACUGGGUUGGAACAAGCAAGUGCGCCGGAACACGUCUCCAACCGUCACCAGAAACGACGAUCAAGUGCUCCAGAAACGAUGUCUGAUGACGAAGAAGAUGCAAGCGUGUACGAUCAAGAUGACGACUCGACGCCUCCAACAUUUUGGCGUGCAAGUGCAAACGCAGUGGAAGCAACGGACCUAGCAGAACCUGUGACUUUUCAAGACGCGAUCAAUGGUCCUGAUCAAACUCACUGGCGAAAUGCUGUGAAGGCGGAACUCAAGUCGAUGCAUCUUCGUGGAGUUUUCCGUGCGGCAAAACUGCCAAGAGGCCAAGGCGCGAUCGGCACCAAGUGGGUGUUCAAGAUCAAGCGCAAAGCGGAUGGAUCGGUCGAGAAAUACAAGGCGCGUCUCGUUGCCAAGGGCUUCAAGCAGAAGUACGGCAUCGACUACACAGAGACGUUCUCGCCCGUGGUCAAGUACGUGACACUGCGUAUGGUGAUCGCGAUCACCAAGUAUUUCGACUGGCCACUGGACCAACUCGAUGUGGUGACAGCCUUUCUCUACGGAGUGAUGAAGGAGAAGGUGUACUGCGUGAUACCAGAAGGCGUCGAGAUGGAUGGCGACUUCGACUGUCUCGAGUUGGUGAAGGCGAUCUACGGUCUCAAGCAAGCUUCACGUGUGUGGAACGAGACUUUCGACGAGUUCGUAUGCUCCAUCGGUUUCGAAGCGUCGGCGUUCGACCCAUGUCUCUACAUCAAGGUUGUCGACGGUCACUGUGUGCUCGUGCUGGUCUACGUGGAUGACGUGUUGGUCACCGGCAGCUCGCUCGAGUUGAUUGCGCAGACGAAGGCCGACCUCAAGACGCGUUUCGAGAUGACCGACAGUGGCAAGUGUACUUUUGUACUGGGCAUCGAACUGGUGGACGAAUCGGAUGGCAGCGUGACAAUGUGCCAGCGACGGUAUGUCAACGACAUCCUCAAGCGCUUCGGCAUGGAUGAGUGCAAGGCCACAGCAAGUCCGGUCGACUUGAGCACUCGGCUUGUCGCAAGCACCGAAGCGGCCAAGAUCGACGUUCCGUUUCGUGAAGCUGUGGGAGCUUUGAUGCACUUGACGACUGCGACGCGCCCGGACAUUGCGUAUGCUGUGGGGUACGUCUCGCGCUUCAUGGAGAAUCCGCAGCAAGAACAUUGGACGGCGGUGAAGCGCAUCUUUCGUUACUUGCAAGGGACCAAGUCGCACGGACUCCGCUUCCAGCCAAGCGACAAGAUCGACUUUCGUGGCUACUCGGACGCGGACUGGGCCGGCGACCACGCUGAUCGCAAGUCGACUUCGGGUUACACUUUCAUGCUGAUGGGUGCUCCUGUGAGUUGGGGAAGCAAGAAGCAGUCAAGUGUGUCGCUGUCGACGAGUGAAGCGGAAUACAUCGCACUGAGUCUGGCCAUCCAGGAAGGCAAGUGGGUGCAUCGCCUGCUAUGCGAGAUUUUGGCGGCCGCAAACGAACCAGGACCGGACCUCGUCAUCCGUGAAGACAACCAGUCGUGCAUCAAGAUGACGAAGAAUCCGGUGAAUCAUGGCCGCGCCAAGCACAUCGACAUCAAGUACCAUCACAUCCGUGAUGAGGUCAAGCGCGGGGAAGUGCAGCUCGAGUAUUGCGAGACUUCCGUGAUGAUGGCGGACAUCAUGACCAAGGGACUUUCGGGACCUCGUCACAAGGACUUGACGACGGCUCUCGGCAUUCGUGCGAGUUCGGAUUGA